AUGGGAAAUGAAAACUCAGUUCAAAAGCAAGUUCCAAAAGUAUCUGCUGCCGAACAGAAUGCAAAUUCAGUUCAACUGAAAGUAUUUGUUGAUGAAAAGAAGAAAAAGGUGAUGUUUGCAGAAGCAGAGGAAGACUUUGUGGAAAUCCUCUUCAGUUUUCUCACUUUGCCUCUUGGAACAAUCGCAAGACUCUCAAGAAAAUAUGAAGACAAAGUUGGAAGCUUAACUUCUCUAUAUGAAAGUUUCGAAAAUUUAAAUAAAAAACUUUUCUUUAAGUACUGGUAUAAGGAUUGUCUAGUUAAUCCAAUAAAUUCAUCUGCUAAUGUUUGCGAGAAGCUUAAAGUAAAUCUAAAUGGAACAAAGUCAAUCCCUUGUCAGCCUGAUGCAAUCUUUUUCAAAAAGAAGGGUAGAUUCAUCAUUACUGACGAUCUCAAUAUCCUUCCUCUCGUGAUGGACACAAGCAUUGCACUCCUUAAUUCUCUUGGUGUUGAAUCCAUUGAUUUACUACAUGAAAGAACUAUAUAUUUUGGCUUAAAAGAGUUCUCGAAUCUACUAAAGUGGACAUUAUUGACAAAUAAUCCUUUGACAAAUAUGGUGGUUGGGGGAAGUAAGCCAUGUUCAACAUUGUUCACAUACUCUACACCAUGUAUAUCACCUUUCAUGGCGGGUGACUCUAGCCAGACAACAGUAAAAUUACUUGUACAAAAAUCAAAGAAGGUAUUAUGUGCACAAGUGGAGAAUCAUUUUGUGGAACUUCUUUUUAGCUUCUUAACUAUCCCAUUGGGUGCAUACGAACAUUUAACAAAGGAUAUGAGUUCAUCACCCGUGGGUAUAAGUAAUCUAUAUAAAAGCAUUUCAAGUUUGGGAGUAAGAAAAUACUUGAAAUCUGAGGAUGUGAAGACCAUAUUACUUUGCUCAAAAGUUGCAGUUAAUUACUACUGUGUCACUGAUUUGCUUCCGAUUUAUGAAGUUAAUACACAACCAGGUCGAUUCCUUAAAGAACAAGCAACAUUCAUAGUGAUCUGA